GGCAAGAAUACGGAAGUAACAACAUUGAAAAAUACAACAGUUCAUUCAUUGGAUUUGAACUACAAACUUAUUUAUUUGGGACAUUAACUUAUUUGAAAGUAAUUAAUUAUGGCGACUGAUGAAAUAUAAGUUUACUUAACGAAUAACCUCUCUGCUAUUUUAGAAUACUGUUUUUUUGGGGGGGUUUAGAUCGGUGAUAAUUAAAUAAGCGGAGGCCUUGCCGUGGCGUAGUAAAGAAUAGUGCGUGCCAAAGUAAGCUACCUGAACACUCCUGAGUGCGACAGGUAUCUCAGUCUCAGGUAAAUGUGGUUUUGCGUUAAACUUACCUGUGGUUAGUAAGAUCUAAAACGUAAAUAAAAGCUGGGGGAAUAUGCUUAUUUUAUUUUGGUAUUCUUCUUCCUUAUUGUUGUGAAAGAUUUUAUAUUAUUUUUUUUUAAAACUCUGAUAGUAAAAUUUAAUAAUUAGCUAAGCAAGGUUAGAUCUAUAUUCUAGUUCUAGUAUCAAAUCUUCAAGUAUCAAUAACAAUAUCAUUAGUCUUAAUUCUUAAGCAACUGACAUUCUGAAACAUUCUUCAAUUUAUCUACAAGUAAGGCAUCUUGUUAUGAGUUAAGUCUCCAGGUAGAUGGUUAAAAUGUAAUUAUUUAAGAUCAAGGAGGGGAAAUAAGUCGAUUUUAGUGAAGUGGGAUCAUGUGAUAUUUGAUUAAUUAAAAUACUAACAAAACUACUAUGAGAUCAUCAUUGAUCUGUGGAAUUUUUUUCCUGAAUCAUCUGUAAAUACUCUAUACUGUAAAGUAAUUUGAAUAAGCAUUUUACAAACUACCAUGGCUUCAAAUACAAUCCUAGUGGAUAUUAUUAUUAAAAAUUAUUAUCAGGAAAAUAGUAUGUUAGGGUUUAUUCCAUUAUCCAACAUGAAGAAUCAGAAGCUAAUUCCUGAAUAAGAAAUGUAUCUCCUAUGAUGGACUUUAGAUAUACAAAAUGUGUUUAAUAUGUUUUACACAAUUUUAAUAUAGGUGGGUGGGGUACCUGGUAGGAGGUCUAAGAAGUUUUUACAGUUUAUGACACAGGGGUGGGGGCAAAGAUCAUGUGUGACAUCGCAAAUUAAUGUUCUCUUGUGAUGGAUGUAUUCUGACAGAAGUUGUCACUCUUAUUACUUUAAAGUUUAAAAAUGAAGUGUGUUUAGAUUAAAUUCUAACUAUAUAAUUAUAAUUAUUUACACUUUUUACAAAUUUGUUAGUUUGAAUAUAUGAUGUUCUUUAGGAGGGAUUUGUGAUAUAGAAGGGGGGGGGGGUAAAUUGUCAAAAUAUAGUGUGAGAUACUUUAUGGACGGCCCAUAUUUAUAUAACUGACCAUUUACAUCACAAACCAUCCAUCCAUGUGAUGCUAGGGCCCAUGUAUUGCUUUGGCCUGCCACACCACAUCCUUCCACUCAGACCUUACUGAUGCUUUUCUUUUUCAUGCUUGGAUUCCCAGCUGCUGUAAUCUUUUUCCACAUCAUCCAUCCAUCUAAGCCUAGGUCUGCCUUUAAGCCCUUUUCCUCUGGUGUUUGGGUGAUGCACCCUCUUCACUCCACUCUCUCUUGGCAUUCUUUCUAAAUGUCCAGCCCAGUGUAGCCUACCCUUUUUCAUUUCUGCUACUAGUGUGAUAUCCUGAUAGACACUAUACAAUUCCUUGUUGGUACGUAUUCUCCAUCACUUAAGCCAUUAUUAAUUUCAAUUUGUUUUAAUUUAAGAAUAACAUUUUUAGUAACUAAUUGGUUACAUUUUCAUGAAGACUUCUAUAUUCUGCAUAAAAGACUUCUGCAUAAAAGCUAAAGUUUAUCAAUUUUUGUCUUGUUUAAACAUCAGAAUGUCAAUAAGUCUUUCAUAAGCUUAGUUAGGCUACAUUUAAACUCUGAUAAAUGCUUCAAAAGAUUUUGUCAAUAUAUGUUUACAUUAUUUAGCCAUAUUAGAAUGCAAUCCUGGUUGAGUCUGGCACAAUUGUAUGACAUAGUACAGCAGCUGUUGUCACGCACACACAACAGUAACAGUUAUAUAAUUCUGAUAGGUCCAUUAUUUAUUCACCACUGUUACGGUAUAAACUCACUGUUGUUGGGGUCGUUGUUGUUCUUUAAAAUUUUCUGAUUAAUCCAUUUUUUUUUUUUUAAAUCUUCUCUUUAAGGUUUGAUCACAGCAGAUUUAUCUAAGCCGGCAGCUGUACAAUAUAGAAAAUGCCUUCACGAAAAUCAGAGAGAGCUCCACCCAUUGCAGCAAAUGGUAAUCUGGAACACAUGUUUUAUUGUUGUCUGUUUAUAAUUCAUUACUUAGUGAUGUUAGGUUUUAAGUCAUUAAUUAGUGAUGUCAGGUUAUAAGUUAUAAGUCAUUAAUUAGUGAUGUCAGGUUAUAAGUCAAUACUUAGUGAUGGUCAGGUUAUAAGUCAUUAAUUAGUGAUGUCAGGUUAUAAGUCAUAACUUAGUGAUGUCAGGUUAUAAGUCAUUACUUAGUGAUUUAAGGGUUAUAUUAAAAAAAAAGAUACAAAGAUGUAUAAAGUUAACUUAAUGCAUUCACAAGUUGACAACUUCAUGAAACAACUCAGUAUAAUUAUAUCAUGAUAUCUGGUGAUUAAUAAAUUUUAAUAUUUUCUUUGCAAGGAUCAAAAUAAAUUUUAAAAAAUGAUUUUCAACAAUGUUUCCGUAACCGCUUUUUGUAACUGAUAAUGUCAAUAUAUUACCCAAAAAUAUAUACCCAUGUUUUGAUUGUGGAACAAAGGCUUGAAGGGGUCCUCUAAAUCAAAGUUGCUCUGGGAAUUUAGACCCUCUCCCCCCUUCAAAGCGUGAUAUUUUUAUUUGCCUUAGGCUUGCAGCAUGUGAGAGUGAAACGUGGGGAUUGAUCAGAAGGCUACUGCUGUUUUGUUAAAUUAAUGUUAACAUUUUGUAUUUAGUGAAUUGUAUUAUUUUAUAGUUGUGUCUGAGUUAAAACAAAAAUAGCAAUCCUAUGUUUAGAGAUGCUCUUGAUUUAAACUGACUUUGAUCUUCAAAACUUCCUGCAACCGUUCACCCAGUUAUUAGUGAUACAGAGGUGAUAGUUAGCUAUUAUUGGUGAUACAGGGGUGAUAGUUAGCACAUUAUUUCAAUAAACCUAAAUAUACAUAAUAAAUUAAUAACUUCACUUAUAGUACGCGAUAUCUAUAAAUAUUCACUUCUGUGUUGAUUAAUUAUCUUUACUAUUGUCUUCACAUUACUACACAAUUUUAUUAUAGCAAAGAAUCACCAAAGGACGUUUCCAACAUGGCUGCUCAAACUCGUCCAUUAUAUCUAUGUAAUAUUGUGUCUCAGUUGAUUCCAUCCAACAUCAAACUAGCACACACAAAGUUGUACUGUUACAAGUUAUGUCUGAGUUAAAACAAAAGAAAAUUGUAUGUUUAGAGAUGUUUGUGAUUUAACUUGAUUUUGAACUUCAAAUUGGCACAACAAACAAAAACAAACCUGAAUCAAGAUGCAGUUAUUUUUAUUGCCUGGCUAGAAAGCAUACCUCAUUUGGGUUGUUUAGGAAUAUUUGACAAUGUGAAUUGAGUAUUCUGAGCUUGUACACCUAAGACAGCAUAUUGGUAUCUUGUUUUGAAAAGAUGCUUUUGCUGCGAUGCAAGAAUUCCUUCCGGAGUUGGAGGACUAUGGGGCCGCCCACGAAGAGUUGGACUUGUUGAAUGACAUCCUCGGAGGAGAGCCAGAAUACCAAGCUUUAACAGAGGUGAGUGCCUGCAGAAUGCCAAGCUUUAACAGAGGUGAGUGCCUGCAGAAUGCCAAGCUUUAACAGAGGUGAGUGCCUGCAGAAUGCCAAGCUUUAACAGGUGAGUGCCUGCAGAAUACCAAGCUUUAACAGAGGUGAGUGCCUGCAGAAUACCAAGCUUUAACAGAGGUGAGUGCCUGCAGAAUACCAAGCUUUAACAGAGGUGAAUGCCUGGAGAAUACCAAGCUUUAACAGAGGUGAAUGCCUGCAGAAUACCAAGCUUUAACAGAGGUGAAUGCCUGCAGAAUACCAAGCUUUAAAAGUGAAAAGUCUGUUUCGUCAUCAGAUAUUUAACAUGUCACGGCUCUUACUUUAUGAAGGUUUCAGAUUUCUGAUUCAUAAAAAGUUGAAAUCUUUUGCCAGUCUCACGAGUCUUAAUUUUAAACAAACAAACAAAAACUGGAUGAUUGAUUGGCUGAGAAUGUUGUUUGAAAUGUUAAAUUCACAUAAAUGCACUAUCACUUGGUUUCUGUUAACAGGAGUCUCACCUCAGUGUCAUUUUUCUGUGUUCAUUAUGUUCUAUCACUAUGUACAUGUCUUUCAGUGUUGUACACAAUGUUGUACAUGCAUGUCAGUGUGGUACCCAAUGUUAUACAUGUCUGUCAUUGUUGUACCCAAUGUUGUACGUCUCUGUUGGUGAUUUAUCCACGGUUGUACAUGUCUAUCAGUGUGUAGACUAUGUUACUGGCCACACUAGAUUCACUAUAUUUCUCUCUUGCAGAUCUACGACAUUCUAACUAUGGAGCUGCCCAAACAUGAAUCGGAAAAUGCAGGAGAAACAUUGCAUGAUGCCAUCGACAUCAUAUCUUCCCAGGCAUCCUCUAGCAAAUUGGCCUCAGAGCUCAGAGAGAUUUUCCAAAACCCACAUUUCAAAGUAAGUUUGGUUCAGAAACUGGACAUUCGUAAAAAUAAGUUUUUUUAUUGGUCGGAGUAAAUCAAGUUCUACUUUUCAUUUUAUCAUUGUAUUAACAUUAUCAAUUGUAAGCAAAGAAAUAGCGGAGGAAAAUCGUUUUAAAAUAAAGGAAAAAGUUAGCUGCAAAUGAAAUCAAACUUUGUAUGUCUGUCUCACUCUGUUCGCAUGCUCAGCAUUUUUUUCCGUUCUUCAGUUUCUUCUGUACACCCAUGAUGAUGUGGCCAGGAAGAUUUACGACCCAAUUGUUUUGGAGGAUCUCACCUUGGCUGCCCCGCCGCCACCUGUGUUUGAUGCCGUUGGAGAGCAGCACAGAUAUGUGACCAUUAGGAAAAAUGGAAAACAGCCAUUGGUGGGUAGAAGUUAUUUGAUCUAGAUUAGCUAUUGGACGGUUGUAGAAAUGUGAUUUGCCAUUGGUUGAUUGUAGUGUUACAGCAUGGCCAUUGGUGAAUAGGACCCAUGUGAAAAUGCAAAGUCAUGCAUGUUACUUCAUUAUUAAAGUAAAUAAUUGCGUUCAUGAAUGCAAAUUUCAGGGGGUGGGGGGGGGUGAGGGGUAAAUAUUUUACCAAUCUCUUUGUCUAUCACACCACAUGAGAUGGGUGCUAGCAAACUCUCUUGUUCUUAAGACUAGCCACAUUGUUUUUUUAAAGGUUGAUACAAGUUCAGGCUGAAGAUAAGCAGCUGUCCCAUCUUCUCAUCAGUUUAUUUAAGACCAACCCAGCUGAAUGUUGCCUGUGACCUCUUAAUUAGGGACUCCUGCUUUGAAGUGGUCAUUAAUAAUUUUUUUAACCCUCAAAUUCCCUAGGGCAUCACCGUGCGUUUAGACCAAGACAAUGUUCCAGUCAUUGCCAGAAUCUUACAGGACAGUUUGGCAGAUAAGCAAGGUGAAGGUCACAAUGUUCAGUCAUCGCAGUAUAAGAAUAAUGAAACAUAGCCAGUCAUAGACUUAUCACAUGUUGAUAGAUUUGUAAAUACUUGUGUUCAGAUUUACUGCACUAUGUUAAUCCACUUUUCAUUAAUAAUUGUUACCCGAAGGAUUACUGAGAGUGGGGGAUAUCGUCAAGGAGGUCAACGGCAUCCCUGUGUUUGUGCCAGAAGACAUGAUGAUUGUAUUGAAGGAGGCAGAGAGUUCAAUCACGUUCAAGAUCGUCCCAUCAGCCCUAGAUCAACAGUUCUCUGACCCCGUGAGAUUGGUUCAUCCGCACUCAUAUACUAACAUACACACACACUACAUUACAUAUAGUUUCACAUACUGAUGUUUACUCCAAUUUUAUUUAUUUCAUUAGAUCAAUUAUAUCCAAUUUAACAAUAAUUGUUUGCAUUGCAUUCAAUUUAACAACAAUAAUUGCCUCUAUUUUAUCUUAUUUAACAUCAAUAAUUACAUCUAUUAUGUCUAAUUUAACAUCAAUAAUUGCAUCUAUUAUAUCCAAUUUAACAUCAAUAAUUGCAUCUAUUAAUGUCCAAUUUAACAAUAAUUAUUGCAUCUAUUAUAUCCAAUUUAACAACAAUAAUUGCAUCUGUUAUAUCUAAUUUAACAAAAAUAAUUGCAUCUAUUAUGUUCAAUUUAACAAUAAUUGCACCUAUUAUAUCAAAUUUAACAAUAGUUGCAUCUAUUUUAUCCAAUUUAACAAUAAUUUCAUCUAUUAUAUCCAAUUUAACAAUAAUAAUUGCAUCAAUAUAUGCAAUAAGUACCAUAAUUGACUCCAAUAAACUAAAGCUACAUAAGAUUGUGUUCUAAUAAAUUAAAUCAAGAAAAAAAUCGGUUGAUUAUCAAGUAUUUGUAUCAUUGUUGAUAUUUUUUCCCCCACAGGUGUACAUGAGAGCUUGUUUCAACUAUGACCCCUUGAAUGACCGACUGAUUCCAUGCAAGAAAGCCGGACUGCCCUUUAGAGAGGGGGACAUUUUAGAUGUGGUAGACAUGACAGAUGACAACUGGUGGCAAGUAGGUUUGGCAGAUGUGUGCCAUAGGGGUAUAUUUGGUGGGGUAAUCAAGGUGUGUGCCAUAGGGGUAUAUUGGGUGGGGUAAUCAAGGUGUGGGCCAUAGGGGUAUAUAAGGUGGAAUAAUCAAGGUGUGUGCCAUAGGGGUAUAUAAGGUGGGCUAAUCAAGGUGUGGGCCAUAGGGGUAUAUUGGGUGUGGUAAUCCAUAUGUAUGUCAUAGGACUAUAUAGAUUGUAGUAGUAGCACAAGUGUAUGUCAUGGGGGACAAGAUAAGAAUUAACUUUGGUUUAUGUUUUUAACAAAUAUGGUAACUAAAGGGUCCACUAAGUUGACUAAAGUAAAGGGUCCACUAAGUUGACUAAAGGGCUCCACUAAGUUGACUAAAGGGCUCCACUAAGUUGACUAAAGGGCUCCACUAAGUUGACUAAAGGGCUCCACUAAGUUGACUAAAGGGCUCCACUAAGUUGACUAAAGCAAAGGGUCCACUGCGUUAACUUAAGUAAAGGCUCCACUAAGUUGACUAAAGUGUCCACGAGUUGACUAAGGCAAAGGGUCCACUGCGUUAACUUAAGUAAAGGGUCCACUAAGUUGACUAAAGUGUCCACGAGUUGACUAAGGCAAAGGGUCCACUGCGUUAACUUAAGUAAAGGGUCCACUAAGUUGACUAAGGGUCCACUAAGUUGACUAAAGUGUCCACUAAGUUGACUAAAGUAAAGGGUCCACUGCGUUAACUUAAGUAAAGGGUCCACUAAGUUGACUAAGGGUCCACUAAGUUGACUAAAGUGUCCACUAAGUUGACUAAAGUAAAGGGUCCACCAAGUUAACUUAAGUAAAGGGUCCACUAAGUUGACUAAGGGUCCACUAAGUUGACUAAAGUGUCCACUAAGUUGACUAAAGCAAAGGGUCCACCACGUUAACUUAAGUAAAGGGUCCACUAAGUUAGAUAUCAAACGUUUUAAGGAUAUCUGGGGACUGAAUCAUGGCUGGAAUCCCACUGGGAAGCAUAGGAAUGGCUUUUGUAUACUUUUUUUAAUUGCUAAGAAAUUGAGAUAAAAACGGGGGGAGGGGGGGGGGUGGGGGUGUGGGGUUUGUGGUCCUUGGUUGGGUUCCACCACUUUUUUCCCAGGCCUUAACCCCUGACAUGAAAUUGAACGUGAUAUUUCCAGGCCAAACUUGCUGAGAUCCCUGUUGCCAUUUUUUAAUUGCUAAGAAAUUGAGAUAAAAACGGGGGGAGGGGGGGGGGUUGUGGUGUGUGGUUUGGUGUCCUUGGUUGAGUUCCCACACUUUUUUCCCAGGACUUAACCCCUGACAUGAAAUUGAACGUGAUAUUUCCAGGCCAAACUUGCUGAGAUCCCUGAUGCCCCAGUGGGUCUCAUACCGUCAAGGACACUGCAAGAGAAGAGAAGCGCCUACGUGCAGCCUGAACUCAACAAAACAAAAACCAGUUUACGUAAGUAGGGUGGGAGGAGUGUAGUGAGUAGGGUGGGAGGAGUGUAGUGAGUAGGGUGGGAGGAGUUUAAGGAGUGCCAGUGUAGGGAGAAAGGCUGCUCCUAGUUUUUAAUCUUUAUAUGCAUCAAGAGGUUUUCAUUAGUGUAAUUUUUGGGUUCCAUGCUCAAGGCGGUCUCCAUGAACCUAAGUCUCCAUAAUUGUUAAGUUCCAAAAUCAUGGAGGUCUCCAUGAGCCUAAAUAUCCAUAAUUGUUAGGUUCAAAAAUCAAGGAGGUCUCCAUGAGCCUAAAUACCCAUAAUUGUUAGGUUCCAAAAUCAAGGAGGUCCCCAUGAGCCUAAAUACCCAUAAUUGUUAGGUUCUAAAAUCAAGAAGGUCUUCAUGUAUCCACAAUUGUUGGGUUCCAUAUUGACCUAUUUGAUCCCCAACCAUUUCAUUUCUACUUGAAGACUAAGUUCUGCCUAAAGUCUGUUGUACAAAUAAAAAUAAUGGAUUGUGGUUUUUUUAAAAUCUAUUUUUUAAGGUAAUGAAUGACUUUAUUAACAUUGAAGAGUGUUGCUUUACUAACAUUGAAGAUUGUUGAUAAGGAAUGAAUGGCUUUCUUAACAUUAAAGGUUGUUCAUGAAUCCUUUCUUUGCCUAUUUCAGUUUGUGGCCUGAAAACCAAAAGAAAGAAGCACAUUGGAUACAACUCAUCAGAGACCACAAGUUAGUCAUUUUAUGUCUCUAUAUUGUGUUUUGCAUUGUGAUGUUAAAUUUCAGUUAGAUUAAUGGUUCUAAAUUAACCCGGAAAUAUAACAUUUAAGAAUAACAGAGAACAGAGAAAGGACGUGAUUAUAAGAAGAGUAAAUACAAAAUUGCCGAGUAGCAAUCAGAAAUUAAUUUUUAAAUUCUUGGAGAAUUUAAUUUGUAAAAACUUAUUUAUUCUUCCUGAUUGGUUGGGGCAAUAAAUUUGAGUGGUGACAGCAGGAAGAAUAGAUUCAUCUCAGACAUAAAAUGUGACAAAAAUUCCACAACUAAAAAUUUUAUUUAGGGGUGGGGUCUUGCUACCAUAUUUUAUUAUUUAUCAUUCAGAUAGUUUCUUUAUUACAUCUUUCGCAUUUUAUCUUAUUUCUCAAUUAUAAUGUAAAUGCUGCUGUAAAUAUGUCAUUCUGAUUGUUCUAUGUGCCUAAGCGAUUAGCAGAGAUAUGAUUUUAGUGACAUGGAUGACUGUGAUAUUUUUUUGUUCCUGUCAGGCUUUGACCGCUGUGACAUUAAAGUGUACGAAGAAGUCGAGAGAUCCAAGACCCAUCGCUGCACCCUUGUACUCGUGGGGGCUCAGGGCGUGGGGAAGCGCUCAUUCAAAGAGCGGCUCAUCAGAGACAACCCUGGCAAAUACGCAGCAGCUGUCCCACGUAAGAUUUUAUGGGGGCUUCUUCUCUGUACGGUACUCCCUAUGGCACAAACCAAUCAAUCCAAAUCUCUGCAAACUAAAAAUUGAUCUGAGAUGUUGCAUAAAUAUUUUUUUAUCCUUGCAUAUUGGGCGUUUUUUUUUUUUUUUUAAUUUUAUUGUUUUUUUUUUUUAGGGGGGUGGGGGGGGGGGGUUGUUAAAUUGAACAUUCUAACAACUAUUUCUACUACAGAACAACAUAAGUGUUGCUGAUAAGAUCUCCCCCGUCUACUGUUUUAGCUCCUUUAUUACGCUGUUAAUUGUUGGCUGCCUUUAUUCUCCACCAGACACAAGUCGUCCCAAAAAGCCCAAUGAACAAGAUGGCAGGGGCUACUAUUUUAUUGACGGUGAAACCAUGGAAGAAGAAAUCAAGAAAAACAUGUACAUCGACCACGGUGAAUUUGAGGGUCACCUCUACGGCACCAGGCUGACCACCAUCAAGGAGGUCAUCCGGAGCGGCAAGAUAUGUGUGCUGGACAUCUCUGCCAGGGUCAGUUUAAAAAAAAUUUAAAAAUCAAUAUUUUAAAUGCCAAAUGGUCUGCUGGACAGUGGCGAAGUACAAGGUAGCUGAUAAACUUGGAGAUGCCAAGGCGGCAAAGUACAGGGUAGCUGAUAAACUUGGAGAUACCAAGGUGGCGAAGUACAAGGUAGCUGAUAAAUUUGGAGAUACCAAGGCGGCGAAGUACAAGGUAGCUGAUAAACUUGGAGAUACCAAGGCGGCGAAGUACAAGGUAGCUGAUAAACUUGGAGAUACCAAGGCGGCGAAGUACAAGGUAGCUGAUAAACUUGGAGAUACCAAGCAAACAGUGAACUUAUCAGAGCUAACAGAAAAGACGAGUGGUGAAAUGGAUGGGCUGUGGUCCCAACCUAAAGAAGUGUGUUUCCACAAAGUGUAACACAUAUAUUAUGAUACAAUCAACACCAAAGUGUAACACAUAUAAUAUGAUACCAUCAACACCAAAGUGUAACACAUAUAUAUGAUACCAUCAACACCAAAGUGUAACACAUGUAUUAUGAUACCAUCAACACCAAAGUGUAACACAUGUAUUAUGAUACCAUCAACACCAAAGUGUAACACAUAUAUUAUGAUACCAUCAACACCAAAGUGUAACACAUGUAUUAUGAUACCAUCAACACCAAAGUGUAAAACAUAUAUUAUGAUACCAUCAACACCAAAGUGUAACACAUGUAUUAUGAUACCAUCUACACCAAAGUGUAACACAUGUAUUAUGAUACCAUCAACACCAAAGUGUAACACAUGUAUUAUGAUACCAUCAACACCAAAGUGUAAAACAUAUAUUAUGAUAUCAGCAAUAACAAUGUGUAACACAUGUAUUAUGAUACCAGCAAUACCAAUGUGUAACACGUGUAUUAUGAUACCAGCAAUACCAAAGUGUAACACAUGUAUAAUGAUACCAUCCAUAGCAUUGUUUCUGUUGCUAAUGUAAGUCAUUGUCUUGUCUCAGUCGGUCAAGUUCCUCCAGUCACCUGAGUUCAAGCCUUAUGUCCUAUUCAUUGCUGCCCCGAGUGUGGAGGCUCUCAAGGUCAUGUACAAUGAAGGAAAGAGAAAAAAUAAUACCGUGAGUACAUAAGGGCCCCCCACAAAGACACCGACCACCACACACAUAUGACACCCCCCAAAAAAACAGUGAUUAUAGUCAUUGUGCUCCCACCUACAUACAGGUGCCCAUCAGUUUACAGGUGCCCAUCAGUUUACAGGUGCCCAUCAGUUUACAGGUGUUAAACCACCAUCUUGACUUGGGAAAAGUUGCAAGUUGUAUUUUUGGUAUCUUCAACUUAAGUCUUGUUUACCAAUGUUUUAAAAAUAAGGGGAGGGGGAAGAGGGAGGAGGUUAGAGGAGAGGCAGGAGCCCUGCAGUAUCUACCCCACCCACCCCUUGCCCCUUCUAUGGUUACUGUAAGUUCUAAUGACACACUGCAAAGGAAGGUUCUUGCACCGAUUCAUGACUGCAUGCACUAACCACACACUGUGCCCAAAAUAGAAGUUUCAUUGAAUUUGAGUUGUAACCUUUUUUUGUCAUACUGUAAAGAAAAAAAAAAAUUACUUGAUGAAUGUGUUAGUAGGUUUUUUUGAAGGUGGUUGGUGUGUUUAAGUUAAUGGGGACUACAAGUGGUGUGUUUAGGUUAGUGCAGACCACAUGUGGUGUGUUAAAAGUUAGAGCAGACUACAUGGGGUGAGUUUAAGUUUGUGAGGACUACACAUGGUGUGUUUAAGUUUGUGUGGUGUGUUUUAAAUUAGUGCGAACUACACAAGGUGUGAUUAACUGAGUGCGGACUGCAUGUGGUGUGUUUAAGUUAGUAGUGUGUUUAAGUUAAUACGAACUACAUUUGGUGUGUUUAAGUUAGUGUGGACUACAUGUGGUGUGUUUCAGCUAGUGCGGCCUACAUGUAGUGUAUUUAAGUAAGUGCGGACUAGAUUUAGUGAGUUUAAAUUAAUGAUGACUACACAUGGUGUUUAAGUUAGUGUGGACUGCAUGAUUGGUCAAACCUGUGUCAAGUGUUAAGUGACAAGUUUUUGUGUUUUAUCCUCACAGGUGCUACGCCCGGGUGACAGGUCUGAACUCUUCCUGGUCAGUAGUGUUGUACAGAAAUAUGUUUUUUUUCGUUCUUCUCUCUCUUUUCUUAUGGCACUAAACGUUAUCAUUUCCAAUUUGUUGCUGUGGUCAUUUCACAUUGCUCAUAAUGUUUUUAACCUUUUUUUAUUAACUUUGGCCUGAUAUCAUUUUUUUUUUUUGGGGUUGUUAUUUUGUAAUCUUUCAUUAUCUUUGAAUCUUUCAUUAUCUUUGAAUCUCUCAUUAUCUUUGAUUCUCUAAUUAUCUUUGAUUCUCUCAUUAUCUUUAAAUCUCUCAUGGCGUAAAUGCAGGAGGAGAAGUUCAUUCGAACCGUCAACGAAAGCAAAGAAAUGGAGAAAACCUACAAAGGAUUGUUUGACGAGACCAUUGUCAAUGACGACUUUGAGAGGACGUACGAGACCAUCUGUCAUCUGAUGGAGGAGCAGGAGAAGCAGCACAAGUGGGUCCCCAAGGAUUGGAACGAUUAGUCAAAAUUAAAUUUUUAUAGGGAUGUUGGUUAAUGAUGCAUUUGUGGCAUAUUUUUUUUUAAUGCCGAAAUAAUGCAACUCCAGUUGUUGUUUUUUAUAUGUCUUUGUUAUUGGACACAUAAAACAUUCCAUUGAUGGGAAUAAUUGUAUUCUCUUUGCCAUCCAGUCCAACUUUUGAAAAGAUGUAUGAAAGAGAAGUGACUAACUUUAAAGUGAAAAGUAAGCAGAAGCUAAGGUUCCCUUUUUUUCAAUUUUUUUUUUUUAAAAUGAAUUCUUGUAUAGUUAAGUUUCCUUAAUGGCUUAUGCUUGUAACACUCUCAUUGCUAAAGGGUAAUUUUAUUUUUAUAUCCUUUACAUUAAUACCAUUAUUUCGGUCAAAUGUUUUUUUGUUUAGUGUGCAUUUGUAGGCAUUAAUUUUUAUAUUGCUUAACAGUCGAAUUUUUAACAUGUUUUUAUUUGCCAUUGUUUCAUCCCAUCUGAUGAGAAUAGAAAUAUUAUUGAAAUAAGAACAGUUAUGAGUAGAAGGAAACAUGACAUUCAGGUUGAAACCCACAACUUAUCAUCUCCUUUCAACCCAAAAAUAUCAUCAUUGGAGAUGUAUGAAGUGUAAAUCCAUUCAGCCUUUUAGCAGAUCUGUAUGUCCCCCACUCUGGCCCAGCUCACGGUUAAGAUGUAGAUUGCUGUCUUUAGUUCUUUUUGUUGCUCAAAAUAUGUUAUUGUUUUUUUUUCUUCUUUCCUAAUGGCCGACUGGCAUUUACAGAUAUUUGAACAAUCUCUUGUUACAAAGAAAGGGAGGGAAGAGGAUCUUGGUUGGGGUUAGUUUUCUAGAUUUCAUUGAGGAGAAAAAACUCACUGCUCUGUGUUCAUUUUUUAAAAGUUAUUUUUGCUUCUACUUCUCAGAUUUAAUUUUGCUUUGUGAUAAUGGGAAAAAAGGAAAAUUACUCUUGUAAUAAAUAAUGGGUUUAAAUUUUGAGCCUAAUUAAUUGUACAGAUGUUGCCAGGAUUUUAUGCAUGUGGCCAGGGUUUAGAGAUUACGUUAUAGGACCAGGUGUGUCUGUGUCCACGGCAGAGAUCGGAAUAAGUUUUUAAAAGUUUCUUGGGUUAAAGUGUUGUUGAAAAAUUGGAAUAAAUUUUACACUUAAUUCAUUUCCAAUGGCAGCAAAAGUCAACAUGACAACAUUGGUUGUCACGCACCUUAUGACAUUUGACGUCACCAACUGUUGUGACAUUUUGAUGUCACCAUGAAUGUUGGUUUGUAUUAACCUUGUGUGUAGAUUGGUGUGAACAUAGAUUUAAAUAGAUGUGUCAGUGCUUUGAAGAACAUCAGAGCUUGUCUAUUUGUGUGACACAGUUGCCCUACAAUGUCAUGUGACUGAUUUCAUGUCAUGUGAUUUGAUUUUAUGAAAACAAAGAUGGUGUUGUUAUAAGAAUCACUGUUUGGUCCUUUACUAUAGGUUGUGGCUGUUUGGUCCUUUACUAUAGGUUGUGGCUGUUUGGUCCUUCACUAUAGGUUGUGGCUGUUUGGUCCUUUACUAUAGGUUGUGGCUGUUUGGUCCUUCACUAUAGGUUGUGACUGUUUGGUCCUUUACUAUAGGUUGUGGCUGUUUGGUCCUUCACUAUAGGUUGUGGCUGUUUGGUCCUUUACUAUAGGUUGUGGCUGUUUGGUCCUUUACUGUAGGUUGUGACUGUUUGGUCCUUUAUUGUAGGUUUAGACUGUUUGGUCUUUUACUGUAGGUUUUGACUGUUUGGUCUUUUACUGUAGGUCUUGACUGUUUGGUCUUUUACUGUAGGUUUUGACUGUUUGGUCUUUUACUCUAGGUUUUGACUGUUUGGUCUUUUACUGUAGGUUUUGAAUGUUUGGUCUUUUACUGUAGGUUUUGACUGUUUGGUCCUUUACUGUAGGUUGUGAUGAGUUGUAAAAAAUACCAUAAACAGGCAGAGGUGGUUGUUGCUGUUUUUGUUAAACUUUGAAUCUUGCAUAAAAAAAUCUGUAGUCAAUUUAUGUAAAUAUAACUUUUGGGUUGCCCUAUUUGUUAAUUCACAUGAUUUACAGACUUUGAUGUCAUUUGACUUUAAUGUCACAUGACUUAUUGUCCUGUGACUGCCUUUAAUGUCAUGUGGGUUAUUAUAAUUACAACCCCCCCCCCCUCCCUUUUGAUUGAUAUUUGUAAUUAGUGAAAGCCUUAAAUGUCUAUUAUGAUCCAUAACUGGUUGAAAUGUAGCCGAUAUGAGCAUCAGUGUGUUAGCAUAUAGUAUGAUCUGUACUGUAAGUGGAUGAAAGGUUUCCCAUCAGCAUAUUAGUAUGUUUGUGCAUGUACAUCAUCGCCAGGGUUAAAUGUGAUAUCUAAAUCCAUUUUUCUUUCUUUUUUUUUCCCUUCUAAACAUUCCCUGCGACAGCAAAUUUUAUGCAUUUUUACUUAAAAUUUGUUGUAUUAUUUUUUUGAUCAAACUCUUAAUUUGUAAAGAUGGAGGAACAUCAACAGCAAUCUUUGUUGGUUACCCUACAUUGUAAACGAUCUAUCGUAAACUAUACACGACAUAAUCAUUCCUUAUACAUAUCAUAUUGAUCGGUUCUAUAUUAACUAAUCACAGUAUCAAUACUUCAUAUUAAAAUCUUGCCAAU